AUGUAUGAAAGAUAUAUUGCUUAUGGAGAUCAACUUUACCUUUAUGAACCAAUGCUUGCUUAUCAUUGUUAUGAGUUUGGUAGUCAAUCAAACAUACAAAAUAAUAUAGUUUUAUCAAAAAAGACUUUAUUAAGACAAGCGUUGGGAAAUACCAUUGAUGACCGUGAACUUCAAAUUAGUUAUAUUAAAGAAAUUAUCAAAAAAUAUUAUUUGUCGGGUCAAAAUGUUUUCAAACAAAACCCAGAAUCAGCAAAACAAAUAUUUCUUUUUGUAGUUGAUAUGAUCGAUUUGUUAAAUGCUUUCAUCCCUCUUCCAAAUGAAUUUCAACAAGUUAAAAAUUUUAUUGUACUUUCUCAUUUUAUCCCUGAAGGUGUUAGUCUUGUGAAAGAUGUCUUAACUCCUCAACAACCUAUUCAAAAUAAUUCUUCUCUUAAUCAACAUAAUACCAAUCUUUUCCCAGUUCCAAACUCUCAAGUAAUUCAACAGAAUUUAUUUCCUACUCCUUCUCAACAAACACAACAACUAAAACAAAACUUAUUUCCUGUUCCAGUCGAACAACAACCAGUUAAUCAAAAAAAAGAACAAACAAAACAAAAUUUGUUCCCAGUUCCUUCUCAACCAAAACAGCAAUUACCUCAACAAAGUAUUAAUUUAUUCCCAACCCCAAGUAAUUCUACUAAAGAAAAUACAAUCCCUGUUUCUUCUCAACAAACCUCAUCAACAGAAGAAAUAAAACAAAAGACAUUUACUAUUAGUACUAAUCCACAAACAACAUUACCAAUACCACCAUCAAAUCAAUUACAAAACCAAGUUCAUACACAACCAAAGAAAAAUGAAAAGAUAGAAUAUAAACAAUCUCCUCUCGUUAAUACAAUUCAAAGUCAAAAUCCAAUUCUCUUACAUAAAGUUAAUAUUAAAAAAAAUAUUAAAAUUGAAGAUAUAGUAAAUGCAUGGAGUAUAAUUAAUAAAGCCAAAGACUCAAUGCAAAUUGGUGCAAUAGAGAAAACAAAACAAAAAAUUUUAGAGGCAUUACAACUGCUUGAAGAUUAA